AUGAAAUGAAGAUGGCGGAUGUGGGCACGGUCUAUCUGUCAGACUGGGAGCUCCGCGAAGCCGCCGGAAGUGCGGCCUGGGGCCUUGUUUACACAGUCGUUUAGUGCGUGAGUGGAGGUUCGGUGGGGUCUUUUAUCGUCCUGGCGCCGGGAGAUGUGGCUUUGUUUUCGCUGAUUUUGCAUUGGUCAGUGCUACCCUGGAUGAGCCUCCCUCCCAACAUUGUGGAAAAACCUGGUUGGAAUGAUUAAACUAGAAUUCACAGAUUAAUAUCAGAAAAUCCUAAAAUCAAGACACUAUGGAAUCUGGGACUGUACAGAGCAUGAAUCCAGCUGCCCCUGAGGAAUCUGCUGGUGUGGUGGGAUUAGAUGAACCAAAAAAGAUGACGAGGGAGGAUUGGAGAAAGAAGAAAGAAUUGGAAGAGCAGAGAAAGCUUGGCAAUGCACCAGCAGAAGUUGAUGAAGAAGGAAAAGACAUCAACCCACACAUUCCUCAGUAUAUAUCAUCAGUUCCGUGGUACAUUGAUCCCUCCAAAAGACCUACUCUCAAACACCAAAGGCCGCAACUUGAGAAGGAGCGAAAGUUCAAUUCAAUCGGAGACUGGUACAAGAAAGGUGUUCAGGAGGGUUCUGUUGUUACCAAGUACAGGAGAGGUGCAUGUGAAAACUGUGGAGCAGUAACACAUGUGAAAAAGGAUUGUAUGGAAAGACCUAGAAAGGUGGGGGCAAAGUUUACAGGUGUCAACAUUGCUCCAGAUGAACACAUGCAGCCAACAUUUUCAUUUGACUAUGAUGGAAAGCGCGAUCGUUGGAAUGGUUAUGAUUCGGAGGAUCAUAUGAGGAUUGUGGAGGAAUAUUCAAAAGUAGAUUUGGCCAAGAGAACUCUGAAAGCUCAGAAACUACAGGAAGAGCUAGCAUCUGGGAAGUUAGUGGACUAUGUGAACUCUUCAAGACGUCAGCGUGGAGAAGAGGAUCAUAACUCAGCGGAGAAGGACAACAGUGAAGAUGAGGAUGAAGACAAGUAUGCUGAUGACAUUGAUAUGCCUGGACAAAACUUUGACUCCAAGCGAAGAAUUACAGUCAGAAAUCUUCGCAUUCGUGAGGACAUUGCAAAAUACCUCAGGAACUUGGAUCCAAAUUCAGCAUAUUAUGAUCCGAAAACAAGAGCCAUGAGGGAGAAUCCCUAUUCCAACACCGGCAGAAACCCAGAUGAAGUUGGCUACGCAGGGGAUAACUUUGUACGUUACACAGGUGACACAGUCAGAAUGGCACAGACUCAGUUGUUUGCCUGGGAGGCUUAUGAGAAGGGUUCAGAAGUUCAUCUCCAAGCUGAUCCUACGAAACUUGAAGUCCUUCACCAGUCUUUCAAGGUUAAGAAAGAAGAGUUUGAGAAACAGCAGAAAGGAAGCAUAUUAGAGAAGUAUGGAGGCCAGGAGCACCUAAAUGCUCCACCACGUGAGCUGUUGCUAGCUCAGACAGAGGAUUAUGUGGAAUAUUCAAGACAUGGUGCUGUCUUAAAGGGCCAAGAGAAAGCAGUUAUACGAUCCAAGUAUGAAGAGGAUGUCCUGAUAGGUAACCACACAUCUGUUUGGGGCUCCUACUGGAAGGAAGGGAGAUGGGGGUACAAGUGCUGUCACUCAUUCAUCAAAACUUCCUAUUGUACAGGAGAAGCAGGGAAGCAGAUUGCUGUGGAGGAUGAAUCUGAAUGUCUAAGUGAGAUCCCAGAUUCUAUCCAGGAAACAUAUGAAAGCAUACCAAAGACAUUAAUGGAGAUACAUAAAGAAAAGCUUAAAGAAAGCAAGAAGAAAAAGAAGAAACAGAGGAAAAAUAGUUCAGACAGUUCAGAAGAUGAAGAUGCAAAGAAGAAAGAAAAAUUGAAAAAGGCCCUGGUUGCUGAAGAAACUCGUUUGAAGCAAGUUGAGCAAAUUUUGCAAAUUGAUGAACGUAAACGAGGGUACAACAGCAUAUAUGAAAUAAAGGAACCUACUGAAGAAGAAAUGGAGGCAUACAGAAUGAAACGUCAAAGACCUGAAGAUCCUAUGGCUUCUUUCCUUGGGCAAUAAUAUGUGAAUUUUUUCAAGAUUAGAGAAUUGAUCUUUUCAAGAAUCCUUUAACACCAAUACUACAGAAGCUUGACUUCUCAGAUCUGCUCUCAAACUAAAAUUAGAAUUCCAUAAUCUUUCUUGUGUGUAAUGAAUUCAACACCUCCUUUUGCAAAUGUUGUCUGUUUCUGGAAAAACGGGCGUUUUGCAGUGUUCAGCUCUUGUGCAUUUUGCUUUGGUUAGACAAAUAGUUUUAUACUAUGUAAAGAUUUGUUACUUUAAGUCUUGACAGUGUACAAGUGCUUCUCCAAGUAAAUUGAACUGAUUUCA